UAACUGCGUCGUCUGCAGUCAAGCCUGUUUUGCUUCAUUUUCCGUUGUUUUGUACCCAUUGAAACCUAAAGGAAUUUGUCAUCCCAUGCUUAUUCAAUAAAUCGAGUGAACCAAAAUGAAGUUGUGUUCUCAACACUACAAUUGGUAGAUUUGAAACCUUUCAUCAAGUUUAGGUAGCGGCGUGUAAAAAUGAAUUUUCGCCGAAAGCACAAAGCGUCAAAAUGUUUUCCAGUUAAAAUUCUUACCCUGGACGCACAACUCGAAUUCAACUUAGAGUGUAAAGCAAAUGGAAGAGAUUUGUUCGAUCUUGUGUGCCGAACUAUUGGAUUGAGGGAGACCUGGUAUUUUGGAUUGCAGUAUGAAGACUGUAAAGGAUUCCUGGCAUGGUUGAAAAUGGAUAGAAAAGUUCAGGACCAAGAUGUGCCAAAAACAACCCCUGUGCCUUUUGUAUUUUUGGCAAAGUUUUAUCCAGAGAAUGUGGCUGAAGAAUUAGUUCAAGAGAUAACUCAGCAUUUAUUUUUCUUACAAGUAAAGCAGAGUAUACUCAAUAUGGAUAUAUAUUGCCCACCUGAAAUAUCUGUCCUACUUGCAUCAUAUGCUUUACAAGCAAAGUAUGGAGAUUAUGAUGAGGCAGCCAUGAAACCAGGUCUUCUUGGCACAGAGGACUUGCUGCCUAAGCGAGUUCUUGAUCAGUAUCAGAUGACAGCCGAGAUGUGGGAAGAAAGAAUAAAAAUAUGGUACGCCGAUCACAAGGGGCUCAGUCGCGAUGAAGCUGAGAUGGAAUACUUAAGAAUAGUGCAGGAUUUGGAAAUGUAUGGUGUCAACUACUUCCCUAUAAAAAAUAAGAGGGACUCCGAGCUAUGGCUCGGCGUAACGGCGCUUGGUCUCAAUAUCUAUGAACAAGACAACAAGUCGGUACCACGCAUAAACUUUCCUUGGUCAGAGAUCCAAAACAUAAGCUAUGACGACAAAAAGUUUGCCAUUAAACCCGUCGAUAAGACGGCACCGCCGUUUAUUUUCUACUCUGAUAAGCACCGAGUGAACAAACUGAUCUUAGAUUUAUGCAUUGGAAAUCAUGAUCUUUUCAUGCGUCGGAGAAAGCCGGAUUCUAUUGAAGUGCAACAGAUGAAGGCCCAGGCUAAAGAAGAAAAACUCAGACGACAAGGUGAAAGAAACAAACUUGCACGGGAAAAGCAGCUUCGCGAGACGGCGGAACGUGAAAAAGCAGCUUUGGAACAGCAGUUGAUUCACUUUCAAGAAGAAUUCCGCGUAGCUAAUGAACAGCUGAGGCGUUCCGAAGAGUCGGCUGAAUUGCUGGCCGAGAAGGCCCGAGUUGCAGAAGAAGAAUCAAUGCUGUUAACCCAAAAAGCAUCAGACGCUGAGCAAGAACUACAGAGGAUUCGCCUUUCUGCCAUGAAAACCGAAGAGGAGAAGCUUUUGUCUCAGAGGCAAUUGCAUGAGGCGAAGCAAAUCGCAUCGAGGUUGCUAGAGAACUCGGAGCGUUGCGCAGCUGAAGCAGAACAGCUAAAGGGAGAUCUGUUACAGGCGCGUUACGCUGAAACUCAAGCCAAAAAAAAGCUAUUGGAAUUUUUAACAACACAAGCUAGUGUUGCUGCUUUACACGCUGCCUCUCGACCUAUUACACGCAUCCCUACUUCCGCUUCUGUUUUGUCUGUUCCCAACCUCUUUCCGUCAUCGGCUUCAUCGGUAACUGGCUCAGAUCACCACUUACACCAUCAAUCUGAUCUUCAACAACACUUACGGCGGCUAGAUGACGUCGCUAAUGAUGCAAAUUUACCAGCUUAUGAAGCCCGCCUUCCUAUUCCGCUAGCUAACCAGCUUACAGGCCUGACCAAUCUGACGGGCUUGAGUAGUAGCGGAUACUUACCUGCCAUAGCCGCUUCCGAACUUGUCAACUCUUCAGCUAAUUAUGAUCUUAUGACACAUGGUGACAUGGAGCAACUCUCGCUUGAAAUUGAGAAAGAGAGAGUCGAAUACUUGGAGAAAUCCAAGCAGCUGCAGGAGCAACUAAGAGAAUUACGCACAGAAAUUGAAGUCUUAAAAGUAGGUGAAAAACAAACCCUCUAUGAUCAGCUACAUGAAGAGCAGCUUCGCUCAGGGGAUGACAAAUACUCAACUCUCAAAAAGUCAAAAUCUGGAUCGACUGGAGCACGCGUGGCUUUUUUCGAGGAGCUAUAGCUUUAGUCAUAUUUUUAACUUCUGACAAUUCUUGUACAUAUAUUUUAAGAUUGCUUGACCAUUUUCAUGGGUGCAACGAAGUCUUAAACUGAACUCGCAUUGUUACCCAUUUUCAUGAAAUGUCUCAUAAUAGACAUUAGGAAAAUAGACUUUUCAUUCUA